AUGUCUGGUACUGCUAAUGGAACCAACGGGACUGCUGGGGAUCAGCCUGCGGCUAAUGUCACGGGUCAACUGGCUGCACUCGCUGCACCAACUUUGCCUAGUAACAUAAGCGCAGCACUUACGCCUGACAAAUUCGAUGGCACGAAUUUCAAGCAGUGGCAACAGAAGAUGCACUUCUUCCUUACCACGCUGAACCUGGCAAAAUAUCUUGUUGAGACAAAGCCUGAGGUGCCUGCUACUCAAGAGGCAAACCCAGAUCCACGAGUACACAUGACUCUGGAGAACUGGAACAAGGAGAUUUCCUGUGCAAAGGUUACAUUCAAAGUCGCCUGGUGGAUCAACUGUUCAAUGUGUACAGUGAGGUCAAAACAUCCAAGGAGCUGUGGGAAGCCUUGGAUAAGAAGUACAAGACGUUCAAUGUGGGCUCAGGAAAAUUUGCUGCUGCAAAAUUUCUCAACUUCGUAA